CAAAAUUAUUCAAAUUAUGCAAAUGCAUAAAUUAUAGUCAGUAGUUUCUAGAAAAUGGGUAAUAAUAAAUGCAGUAAAUCAAAUUGAUUUUUAACUUGCAUCUGAUGUUCUGUGCGACGCACGCAAUGCUCAGGAUGAAGGGACCGAGCUGGUUAUUUCUCCUCGCUGCAAUCGCUUGCCAUACUAGUCACGGCGCAGAAGAGGUAUAUGAAAUUGCAAAAGAUGUAUAUGCUUUUUUCCCCGGAGGCGAUUACCACUCCAUGUUCAUUGUAACAACAGAGGGGGUAAUUGCUAUUGAGCCAGUUAGUACCGACCAUUCUACAAAGAUGCUUGCAGCUAUCAAAAAAAUUACUAACGAAACUGUCAAAUACAUGAUAUACAGUCACAACCAUUUGGAUCAUUCAAGCGGUGGACAGGUUUUUAAAGACGCCGGUGCAGAAAUUUUAGCGCAUAAAGAGUGCGACGUGUGGAUCAAAUAUAACAAGGGUGCUGACCAGAUACGACCAACAAAAACGUGGGAUGGAAGUAAUUAUACGAUAACAAUGGGAGGUUUCACCCUGCAGCUUCAUUAUUUUGGUAUGAAUCAUGGUAGGGGAAUGACCGUGUUUUUGCUUCCAGAUCAAAAGGUAGCCUACAUUGCUGAUCUUGUUGUGCCAAAUCGAGUAUUUUUUACAAUCGUUCCUGACUACAAUAUCAAACAAUGGAUGCGUACCUUAGAGAUACUUCUUAAAUUGGACUUUGAUCGAGCCAUCUACGCCCACAACAUGAAGCCCAACGCCAUCGAAGGUGGAAACAAAACCGACGUUCAGUUAACCCUCGACUACAUAAAUGACAUCAGGAAUGGCAUCUUUGCAGCGCUUAAAAGAGGGGAGAAUGCAUUCUUAAUCCCAAAAACAUUGAAACUACCCAAGUACGAAAAAUGGCAUUUUUAUAAGCAGUGGUUAACGAUGAAUAUCUGGAGAAUUUUCCUUGAUGAAUGGAUGGGGCCGUAUCCAUGGAGACCAUCCAAUGAGAGACCUGGGACGACCAAUUAGAAGCACUCACUCACACGCUGUUAUCAUCCUCAUUUUCUUUUAUAAAAUUCUGUAAUCAACAUAUUUGUAAUGCACUUUUAGUAUAAAUAAAACGUUGGUA